UUGUCAUCCCCUCAGUCUGUUUUGAAUCGUAAUGGCGUACGUGUCAUAGUUGUAGCUUGAAGGCAAUCUUUUUUAUGGACGGUUGUUGUUAGUGGUAAGCGGAUUUUGUGCAGGCAAUGCGAUUAUAACAACGCCAAACUGCUCCAAAGUUCUAAGAGCUUCCCGACGAUCUUCCCGGCUUUCCUAUUUACGAGGGUCCGUCCCAAAGUUCUUCCGCGCCGCCGCCGGCGAUGGCGAUCUGAACGACCGCCCCGCAUGACAAACGGACGCGGGGCCGCCGCCGCCAACAUGGCGUCGUUCAUGACCAAGAAGAAGAAGUACAAGUUUCAGGUGGACAUCUGCCUCGAGGAGCUGAUGGAGGUGCCGUUCGUGUCGGCGGUCCUUUUUGCCAAACUGCGCCUGCUCGACGGCGGCAACUUUCAGGACCACAGUAGCAGACAGGAGGUGACGGAUCACAAGGUGCAAUGGGACGCGAACUUUUCGUUUCCGUGCAAAAUGAUGGCGAACGCGUCGACCGGCGUGAUGGAAAAGUGCAUCAUGCGCAUAUCGAUUCGCAAGGAGAGCAAGGGCGGCCGCAGUUUCGCAAAAUUGGGUUUCGUCGACCUCAACCUGGCCGAGUACGCGGGGGCGGGUCUUAUCCACAAAAAGGCCCUCCUCGAGGGGUACGACGCGCGCCAUCGCCAAGACAACAGCAUGCUCAAGUUUCGCAUACAGCUGAACAUGAUAUCCGGAGAUAUCCUGUUCAAGGCCCCGUCGCCGUCGCUGAAACACAAACAGAUAACGAUCGACGAUGCGAUAUCCGACCAACGGUCCGACGAAUUCUCUAGCGGCUCGCUGGCCGGCUCGAUAGCGAGCGGCAGUUCCGGUUUCGGCAGUUUGCCCAAAAAACGGCCCCCUCUCUUGUCCUCCGAAUUGGUAAUCGGCCAAACUUUGCCCGAGUCGUCGUCGAAUCCGACGUCGGCGUCCUCUAUCGCCGACCAACCCUCCGAUCACUCUACCCUAGCGUCCUCUGUCGGCGAGCGGUUGGACGCCGGUCAGGGCGAGCAACAGCAGCAACCGUCAGGAGAAACGGGGCAUUCGCGUAACUCCUCCAACACUAGUCAGCUGUCAAAGGCGUCCGGUUACAGCAGCAUCCAUUCGCACAGCCACAGUCGGCAGAGCAGCAGCGGAGACUCGGCGGGGCACAUCAGGGCCUCCCAGCACUACUCGCUCCGGAAACCGACCUCCAAAUUCCUACGCACUUACACUUACCCCAAGCACCGGGUCAACAUACCCACGACGAUCGUCGCCGAAUCGUCACCCGGCAUCCCCGACGUCUUCCUGACGCCCCAAUCUUGCCCGCCCACCCCUCCCGACUUCUCGCUCGCCAACGGCGAGACGUUUCACACGCCCCGAGGCGAGUUUUUCACCACGAAGGGGGCGGAUGACGAAUUGUUCGAGACGCCCGACUGUUUCGGCAAGCACUUCCAUGCGGCAUUGCAAAAAUCCGCGUCCGCCGUCGGAAUGGGCGUCGACGACGACGACCCGAACCCCAACGACGGGGUGGUGCGGUCCAAGAGCGAGUUCGUCAUCCCCCGCGUGAGCCCCACCCCGCCCCACGACCACCGGUCGUCGUUUUCUAGCCGCAUAUUCAAGUCGAAUAGCGUGUUCUCGUUUCUCACGCCCCGCCCCUAUCGCAAACACGCGCCGGAUCAGGCGACGCGCGCGCGUCGCCACACCCCACCCUCUCCCUCCUCGUCUCUCCCCUUCGCGCCACCGGAGGCGCGGGCGACGUCCCUCAGUAGUUUGAGGUUAGGCAACGACGGUCUCCUCCUCUCGGUGCAGCGGCAGGCGCUUGGCAGGGGGUUGACGCAGUACCACCACCAUCACCGCAAGAUGCUCGGCGCGGCGGCGGGCAAGCUGGCGCCGGUCGCCGCCACCAGCCCCGACGACUCGCAAUCUGUGGUCGAAGUCGCGGCGCCGACGUCGGAGGACCAGCUCAUGGCCCCGCCGGACGGGCAGCAGCGGAGACCCAGCUGCGCCGGAGCGAACCCAAGCGCUGGCAGCUUGGCGGUCAGCGACACGGGCUCGCUCGACAGGGCGAAGGCGGCCUACGAGCGACGGAAAAAGAACCCGAGCGCGUCGGAAGACGCGGGGGGCGGAGUCUCGGGUCGGGUCGAAAUCACCAGGGUCAAUCCCGAGGAUUUCAUCGAGGAACUGCUGAAGAGCACGAACCUUGAGCAGCCCGACGACUCGGCGGAGACGUCGGGGCUGCAGCUUUAUAUUGCUAAAGACGGGACCGCGGCGGUGGGUAGCCACGAGGUCAAGUCACAAAUGUCGACAGGCGUCCAGGGCUUCAAGCAGGUCGUCAUGGACAACAGGUAACCUCCGGUCGGGUAAGGGGCGGAGCCACCGAUGGUCGUCGAACGUCGUACAAUGAGACAAUACGCAGGACCGCGCGUCUCCUCUGGCCACGCACGCGGUUAACACGAAACGCUUCCCGGUAUUAAUUUUGUAAUAAGGGGGUGGGGCGCAGAGCGCCCUCUAGCGGUCGAUGCGGGUGGUCAUCGACGUGGGGCGGAGCCUCCCCCACUCCACAAUAUGCGGCUUUCGUCGCCGGUUAACCUAAGACAAUAUUAUUUCUUGUAAAUUAUUUUACGUAGAAAGGAUAAGGCUAUUUAUUUUGUUAAUAUUGUAUUAUAUUUAUCAUCUAGGAGUGUGGAUCUGUAAAUAUUGCAGAUGAAUA